AUGACACAACAUUACUAUCAUCACACAUCAUCACACAUCAUCAACAUUAUCAUCAAUAACUCAACCAGCAACAUUACUAUCAACAUCAUCAACAUCAUCAUCAACAAUCCAACCAGCAACAUUACUAUCGCCAUCAUCAACAUCAUUGUCAACGACUCAACCAGCAACAUUACUAUCAUCAACAUCACCAACGUUUCAGCAGCAACAUUACUAUCAACAUCAUCAACACACGCCAUCAACAUUAUCAUCAAUAACUCAACCAGCAACAUUAAUAUCAACAGCAUCAUCAACCACUCAACCAGCAACAUUACUAUCAUCACACAUCAUCACACAUCAUCAACAUUAUCAUCAAUAAUUCAACAGCAACAUUACUAUCAACAUCAUCAUGAACCACUUAACCAGCAACAUUACUAUCAUCACACAUCAUCACACAUCAUCAACAUCAUCAUCAACAAUCCAACCAGCAACAUUACUAUUGCCAUCAUCAACAUCAUUGUCAACGACUCAACCAGCAACAUUACUAUCAUCAACAUCACCAACGUUUCAGCAGCAACAUUACUAUCGUCAUCAACAAUCCAACCAGCAACAUUACUAUCAUCAACAUCAUCAUCAACUCCACCAGCAACAUUACUAUCAUCAUCAUCAACAUCAUCAUCAACAACUCCACCAUCAACAUUACUAUCAUUAUGA